CCUUCUCCCGCCCGCCGCCAGGUCCAGCGGUUCCGCCGCGCUGCCAGGGAGCGAGCCGUUCGUCCUCACCCGGAGUCCCAGAUGGCUUCAGUGACCGAUGGUAAAGCCGGAGUCAAGGAUGCUUCUGACCAGAAUUUUGACUACAUGUUCAAACUGCUCAUCAUUGGCAACAGCAGUGUCGGCAAAACUUCCUUCCUCUUCCGCUAUGCCGAUGACACCUUCACCCCAGCCUUCGUCAGCACCGUGGGCAUCGACUUUAAGGUGAAGACUGUCUACCGUCACGAGAAGCGAGUGAAGCUGCAGAUUUGGGACACAGCUGGGCAGGAGCGGUACCGGACCAUCACCACAGCCUAUUACCGGGGAGCCAUGGGCUUCAUUCUGAUGUACGACAUCACCAAUGAGGAAUCUUUCAAUGCUGUCCAAGACUGGGCUACUCAGAUAAAGACCUACUCCUGGGACAAUGCGCAGGUCAUCCUGGUGGGGAACAAGUGUGAUAUGGAGGAGGAGAGGGUUGUUCCCACUGAGAAGGGCCGGCUCCUCGCAGAGCAGCUUGGGUUUGACUUCUUUGAAGCCAGUGCCAAGGAGAACAUCAGCGUGAGGCAGGCCUUCGAGCGCCUGGUGGAUGCCAUCUGCGACAAGAUGUCUGAUACUCUGGACACAGACCCCUCCUUGCUGGGCACCUCCAAGAAUACCCGUCUCUCAGACACCCCACCUCUGCUGCAGCAGAACUGCUCGUGCUAGGCCAGGCCCACCGUCCCGAUCUCCUUUCAUUGUGGCCCUACCCCCACUCUGCUUCCCUGUUACACUCUGUCCACCCCAAGUUGAGUUGCUGCUGUCCCUUGCUUGCAGUGGAGGCGGAAGCAUGGCCCUGGGGUUCUCUACGGGUGGCCCCACUCACAGACACUCAGCACUAGACUAACUAGGUUACAAUGUGGGCGGAGAUUCGUUUUACGAAAGUUGACUCCACUUUACCAAGGCAAUUCACUACAGGGACUUGGAAAAGCAAGUCUCUUCUCUGCCUUUAAAAUAAGAUUCUCUCCCUCGACCAAAAUUUGACACACCCUUGCACACUUUUCAGGGCCUGGCUAACUGUGUAAAGUGAGACACACCUGCAUAGCUAAUCUUGAAAAAAAAAAACACUCCUUACACAGCCUGCUUUUUUCAUAUCAGGCUCCCUGUGGAGCUUCCUCUCACCACUAGACAAGCCUUGUUUCUCAAAGCCCUCAUCUGUUACCACGGAUGCCCAGAGGGCUUGGGCAGUUGCUGUGGUGACAGGCCAGAGCUAAUCUCCAGAGAGCUCAGCUUCUCUAAAUGAUGCUGAAAGAGCAAAGGCUGAGUCAGGAAACACACUUAAAAGAAAAAGAUUAUCCCCUGCAAAAUGUCAAAGGUUCCUGCUAUAUAGAAGAGCAAAUGCAUAAGCUCGAGGAAGACAAAAAGAGAAACACAGGCAAAAUCAAGAAAUGGGUCACAAAUGUCUGAUUUUCCUGCUUUCCAGUGGGUUCUCCACUGUGAGAACUCCAUGACAUUGGUCGUUGGUUCUUAGGCUCCCAGAAUCUAAAAAAUUUACAGUUGGUGGGAUCCCAAAUUUUACCAAGUCUCACUAGUCAAUUCCAAUCUUCAUAUCUCUGACAAGUGGCUGUCAAGCCUCACAGCCAAUCUCUUCUAAAGCAUACUUCCUAGGCAGGGAUGGGAGCUCAGUUUCCACACCAUCUUUGGGUAGCUCAUAAUCAGAAAGUUUUCCUUGCUUUAAGCUGAAAUCUGCCUGCUGGAAAUUCUUCUUCCUCUUCCAACCCCAUUUGUAGCAUCUCUGUUGUCAGAUACUUCACAGUCUCUGCUCCCUCUGCCAUGUGACCCCCUUAGAUGAUUUGAGAACAGAUACCAUGACCCCUGGAAUCUGCCCUUUUUUUAAGUCAAUAGGUCUCAUCCCAUCUGCCAUUCUUCUUAGGGUCCUCUCCCCAUCCUGCCUUUUCCUCCAACCUGUCUUUCUAUCACUCUUUAGUAGUCCAGCUGAAAAAUCUGAUUCAAAGCAGAAUAAAUCUUAAGUGGGCACAACCCUGAAAAAAAAAUGGGAAAAGUGAACUCAGAGGUCCCUCAUUCUCCUGAGAGUGAAACUUUGGUUUCUACCCAAGAGCUGAUGUGAAACUACUACUUCAUUAAACACCUGAGGAAAACAAAACCAGAAAACCCCUCUGGUACUGGAAAUGAACCUAAUGCAUUAGCUCAUGGUUCUAGCUUGUUUGGACAUGUUUGAUUUGUUACUGAAACAAUGACGUAGAGCUAGCAGUGAUUCCUGAAAAUCUUUCAUUCAGCCCUGGCCUGAAUCUCGUUUUUUUCUGUACUAAAAUGCUGCUUCAGAAUUCAGUGGAGGAGGUGGGAGAGUCUCUCCCAAAUUUUCCUUCCAUUCUGAACACAGUUUAUUGUCCUGGGAAAGUGCAUUAAAGAACCCUUCAGGUUCAACUCUGUGGAGAGGUUGCCUUCUGUGACACAGUGCAGAGGAUAGCACUUUGAACUUGGAAUCAGGAGACUCAGGCUCUGCCCUGAAAUCAGGAGACUUAAAAACUUUGUCCUAUGAUUCUGGACCAGUUCCUCCCCAUCAGUGAGUCUUGAAUUCCCACUUAUAAAAUGAGGGAAGCCAUUUGGGAAAUCUUUUCAGUCUUUUCUGGCACUAAUAACUCUGACAGCCUAAUUUUCACCUUCAAUAUUUCAGUUGAUCUGCAAAAUAAACCCAAGAGAUGAGGAUUAUCACCCCAAUAUCACUGUAUCCAACACUGAUAUAAGUAAGCAAGUGAUGCUUACUCAAUACUAGGUGUUGCUCCAAGCACUUAAUGUGUAUUAACUCAUUUAUCUUUCCAACAUCUUUGUGAGGGAGGCACUAUAAUCCAUCUUGUUUAAAGACAAGGAAAUUAAGCAACAGAUAGGUUCUCUAGCUUGUCUAAGGUCACCUAAUGAGUAAAUGGUAGAGCUGGGGUUCAAAUCCAGAAAGUAGGCUCCAAAGUCUGUGCUCCUCACCACAUUCUGUAGCACAUUUUUAUAGAUAAACUGUGAUCAGAAGAAGUUAAGAGACUUGGCCAAGAUCACACAACUAGUAAGGGUUAGAGCCACAGUAUAAUUCAGCCCCAAGGCCAUUAGAUUCCAAGUCCACUGAAGAAAAGACGUAUCUCUAAUUCGUUAAUAAGUUGUUCAGCUACUCAGCCUAAUCUGAGGUGAUAGCUGUCUAACACUUCUGGCAAGGAGUCUCUGAGGAAGCCCAGGUCCCAUGGGCCUGAGCGAAAACUGCCCAGUGUUUCUGAGGCUUAAGUGCUGGUAUUUCUUAUAUCUGCCUCUGUCAGGCAAUUUUUAUCAAGCUCCAAAGCAGUGCAGUGAGUAGCCUGCCUGUGUCAGCAGUGGGUCAUCUUGGGAGGUGUAACUUGAUAACAUUCUCUGACUAAGGAAGAAUGUGGCCCCUUCCCAGGGCAGUGUUUCUGGAUGUGCUUUUUACAGUAUAAAUUCCUAUACAGGUCAGGAAUAAUUAUUAUUUUUCUGGGCAGUCACACCCUUCUACCCCAGUAUUAGGAUUUCAGACCAAGCUCCUCAGGACCCCUGGGUUUGUUAGUACAUGUAUCCAAAUCCUUUCUCUCCUACUGAGUAUCCAGGCAAAAAUUGAAUUUUUCACCUAAAGAUUGUCAAAAUCCUGAAAACUCAGGAGCCAGUUCAAGGGAACAAGCAUCUUCACAAUAGACGGAAUCAGCAGUUAAAUGUAAUAGUAGCAAACGCUUCUACAAGCAACAGACAGAUCUGCUUGUUAGAUGGCAAUUCCUCAGCCCGUCUCUGUGACCUCGUUUCUGCAGAGUGAAGGCAGCAGCUUCCAGCUGACUGUGGUGAAUGUUCAUCAAUCAUGGUAAUAGUGCAAUUAGGUUCAAGCUGCAUAAUAUGUGUUAUGGCAACUUGUCCCAGUUUUCAUUUCGCUUAACAUUCCAAAUAAAAGGAGAUUAAAAGAACCUCUUGACCUCUAAAAAUGCAAAAGUCGGCCAAAAGUGCAAUACAGUAUUGUAGCUAUUUACAGGAUCUGGUUUAAAUGCAUGUGUAUCUGUAAAUACAAAGUGAUUGGUGACAAUACUGUCUUCUCAGUCUGUAGCAUUAUUAACUUCUAGGCGGAGCAAUGCAGUAGAUUGUACUGAAUGGUCACAGACUCAUUAAAUAUUGUAUCUGGAAGGGAGUUGAGGAAAUCUUGUCUGGGCUCCUCUUGGUACAAAAAGGAAGGUGGAGGCCCAGGGAGGGGGAGGAAAUUUCUUCAGGCCACUCUGAGUGAAUUUGUGAUGGAGCCAGGACUAGGUCUUGGAUCACCUCUAGGAAGAAAUUCACUUCUGUAUCUACUAUAGGUCUGGCACUAUUAAACACUGAAUAAAUAUACAUGAAAA